UUAUUUAUAUAGUAAAAUGCUAUUUAUUGCCUGUUAUAUGUUCUGUAUGCUUUCUCAUUUAGCACAACUUUUUAAGAAAAAUAAAACAUACACGUUUGUUAAAUGAAAACUAUAUCCAAAUUCUCAUUUUCCAGAUAAAAAAACUAAUAUGAAUGAUAAAAAUAGAAAAAAAAUUUGUCUUUUAAUUUGAAGACAAUAUAGUAAUUUCAAAGUAAGCAAAUUGAAGAGAAAAACUUCUCCGAGUAUUCGCUCGUUUUUCCCUUGAAACCACACAUCUCCAUUAAACAACUCAUAAAAAAACUAAGUGUUUCAUGUUGACUACUAUAGUAGUCAUGCAAUCUUUGAGAACACACCUAAAUCAAAGAAGAAAAAACAGUAAAAGAAGACGAAGAGUUGUAGUUGACAGUUCAGAGUAAGAUGAAUAUUGAGAUGACACACAGAUCUGUACAAGUUAUACUUAAAAUAUAUGUCAUCGAUCUCGAAACGUCUUCUAUAAACAUAAAACAGUAAAAGAAAAAUCAGCAGGAUAAAUAUAAUAUACACAAAAAAAGCAGUUAUCUUUAUCUUUGUUUUUAUCAUAAUACGUACAUAAAUAGUUAUGCGUGUUUGGAUUUUUCUCUCUAUAGUUAGUUAGUUAGUUAUAAUGCACAAAGAAUAAUUUUUUUUGUUUUAUAAUCAAGUGUUUCAUUCCCACUGUACGUGAACCGUAUCAUGUUGAAUGAGACAAGUUUUCUAAUCAGAUGUUGUCAAUGAUAACACGAUUAUUAUUUUGACUUCAAAAUAGACAAUGUUUCUCCCUCGAAUAAUUGAGAACGAUAUAAUAGGAAAAAAGUGUUGUUAUUUUACAAGUUUGAUUUGAUCAUCAUUUCGUUGUAUAGUUGUGUUGAUGCGGUGGCCAUCUAAUAACAGAAAAACUAUGAAUAACAUUAACAACAUCAUCAUCGAAAGAAGUUAUCACUUUAUAAAAGAAAAUGAUAGCGGCACGUUUUCAUUCGAGUUCAAGAAACCCACUAGCACAACAUCAACAACCGCAAACCCNAAUGAUGAUCAAAUCAAACUUGUAAAAUAACAACACUUUUUUCCUAUUAUAUCGUUCUCAAUUAUUCGAUCUCGAAACACCUAAAUUUAUAAGUAAAAAUAAAGAUAAACACAGUCGUAUAUCUAGAUGUUAUCAAAAUACUCAUACAGACGACAAUGAUGAUGAUCGCAAUGAAUAUAAAAAGGUAUUAUUAAAUCUAUUUUAUUUUUAUCUGUCACACUUGUCUUCUAAAUCCUAUUACUAUUUUGCUAAACAGAGAUGUCAAAUUUCUGAUAAUUGUAAUGUCAAGUUAAUUGCUUUGAGAAAAGAAUUAAUUUAUGGUACAAAUUAUAGCUUAUUCUAAGAGGUGGUCGUAUGAUUGAUAAAGUGUUUCGUUAUCAUAAUAGAGAAUUAGAGGAGUUGAUUGAAAAAAACAUCUCUUUUAGAGUAAAAGAUGUUUAGUACGAUCGAAUUAUGAACAUUUACUACACAAUAACAUCACGUUUGUCAAUAACAGUGACUAUUAUUUAUCGAAUUUGAACUUGUCGAAUUAGAGUUACAUCGAUUCAGCUACUAACAUGAAAUGUCACUUGGUACUAUCAAAUAUUUUAUUAGAGAGAGAUGACACAAAUAACUGUCUGUUGCAUUUCUCCUAUUACAAUCCACUCGGUAUACGUAGUAUGUAUCAUCUCUUCUCCGAACGAAGGCUUAAUAUUGAAGUAACAUUUUAAUUUGACGAUCAAAGUCUAAAGUCUAACAUUACUUCUCCACAAAAAGAAUCUUCUGUCUUAAAUUGUAUUAUGUACAUGUAUUGUCCACAAUUACUUAAAAAAAUAACACACCUGACUGUUUCUUUAACUUUCGCAAUUUCUAUUUUCUAACUAACUAAUUAGAAGAUUGAUUUAUUAGCAACUCGCAGAGAAAAUAGAGUUUUUAGCACAGUUUCUAGACUGAAAUGAGCACGAAACGGAUUAUUUGAGCACGAAUAUUUUUCGUUGGUGAUGGAUCAUCUAAUAUUUAAGUCCUUGAAGGACUUCAUACAUAUUGCCCAUUAUUGCAUGUACUGUAUAGAAAUUUUGAUUUGACCCAGUUAUAAUAUGUUGUUGACGGUGUUUUCGAUAUUUCAUUAAUAGAGUGAAACACAACUGCGCGUCCCAAAUGCUACCUUUAACAUGGCUGCAACAAUAUCAUUCAUUUCUUUGGACCACGUUUCUACUUAGUUGUAUUCAAGAAGACCAGUAGCUAUGCCAAACACGCAGUCGGUCUAAUAAUGCUAUUUGGGUAUUACGUGGUAGCACAUCCUGCCAGUUUACAAUAUUUUGAGAAAAAAAAGAGAACAUCCAAAAACAACUAAAUUAGCUUUACCUCGUUGAAACUUUUUCUCGGAUAGCAAGUGAUUUGAUAUGUCACUAAUUUCGUUUUUGUGAUUUUGAAAUAUAUUUACUACAUAUGAAACAGAUCCAUUGUCCGUGCUUAAAAUAAUCUUUUCCAUUAAAACGGUGCUUAUUUCAGCCAAAAGAUUUAUUUAAACACGGUCCGUGCUCAGAAAAAUCUUCGUCCGAGUACUCUAACAGAUGGUUUAGUUUAAAUUAGUUUGAUUAAAAUUUUCCGUUAAAAUUAAGUUCUUUAAGUUCAUUUCAGCCAUUUUUGUUGUAUCAAUUAUAACCAUCCCAUAUUAUGGUCAGAUUACGACGGUUAUGAACUGAUAACGGAUCAAUAUUAAUUAACACUCAAAUAUUUUAAAGAAAAUUUUUAUAGUCCUAGUUAGGGGAAAGUCAUAUUCAUCAACGUGGUUAAUAUCGCUUUUGUCUGAAUGAACACCAUUUAAAUCUGCUCAAAAAAUAGUGCAAUUUUUUUUGGAUCUAAUCAUAGUUAUCCUAUAUGACUGUAACUAUUUCAGAUUAUUACUAUUGCAAGAAAUUUAUUUUGAUCGAUAAAAAGAGUACUUAUUUCAUAUUAUUGAUUAGUAAAUAAGUCAUCACCGAUUUAAUGACAUAAAUCAUUGUAGAUUGUCCCAUUUCGUCCAAUAAUGCGCUAAAUUACUGUUCAUUAAUAUUUUAUUCGAAAAGAUUUUGUCAGAAAUAAUUUGAAAAAAUAUCUAAGCUUCUCUUUAUUCUUUUAUUCCUUUUUGGUUUUGAAAAAGUGUGUAGUGCAUGAACAAAAAAAACAUAUCAUUCAUUUUGAAGAAUGUAGUAAAAAUGAAAUUAGUGAUACAAAAUAUGAAAAGAAAACGCAUGUUUUAAUAUAAGUUUUUUGAUCUUUUUUCUAUCUUUAAACUAGAAAAAAUAUCUCAUUUUUUCUUAUUACUUUGUGUUUAAAAGAAAUUAAUCAAUAAUCUUGAUGCAUCUCGUAUUUUGGAGACGAUCUAACAUCUCUCCACACUCCUCUCCAUCUUCAAUUAAACGUUUACCAAUUGCAUUUUCAAAUCGUUCUUAUUCAUCCUCAUUAGAUCUCACACAACAUCACGACCCUGUUAUAUCUAAACUAUUGUUAGAAAAUGCUCACUCUAAAUCUACCAGUGAAACAGUACACGUAAGAUUUUAGGUUAUAAUCUUAGACUUUUCAUAGUACAAAAAUGAUGUACAAAUGUACUGCUUUUUAUUUUAGUUCAAAUUUGCUGAUAAAGCACCUCAAACACGUGAUCUACGAUCAACUGGUGCUAAGUAUGAGCGAAUGUCAGCACCUAUAUUGUCGUUCGAUGAUGAGGGAGAUAUACCAGUUCCAAAAAUACAAAGAGGAAUGUAUCCAAAGGAGAAGUAUCAUGAUGCUGAUUCAAAAGAAACUGUUGAUAAUUCAAAACGACCAACAACUGAUGGACAAUAUUAUCGAGAUGAUGAAAUAUCAAGUGAGAAAGCCACACGUAAAGAAAAAUGUCGACAUUGUUUACGUGUAGUAUCAAAAAUAACAUUUAGUCAACUUGGAUUAGGUGGACUUGUUGUUGGUUAUGUGAUAUUGGGCGGUUUGAUAUUUGAUGCUAUCGAAUCACGCCAUGAACGAGAACGUUUAGAAGAAAAAGUACGAUAUCGUCAAAAUUUUGUCGAACAAUUGUACGCAUUAGCUUAUACAGAAUUUAAUCGUGUUCUAAAUAAUACGUUUGAAUUAAAAUACGCUUUAUGGAGAGGUGGUUUGUCAAGACAUGAUGAAAAAAAUGACGGUUGGCAGCUAGAAGUUGAACAACAUAUUUGGAAAAAACAUGUUAAUAAUGAAUUAUUAAAAUAUUUUCAUGCUGAAGAAAAAAGUCAAUAUAUGGAUGAACAAAAUCAACAAUCAAAUACAAUGCAAGUAUGGACAUUUUCAUCGGCAAUGCUUUAUGCAGCAACUGUGAUAACCACAAUAGGAUACGGAAAUAUAACCCCAAAAACAACCGAAGGAAAAAUUGCUACUAUGAUUUAUGCAAUGAUUGGAAUCCCUUUGAUGUUCAUGUGUUUAACUUAUACUGGUGAUCUUUUAGCCGACGCUUUCAUUAGUGGAUAUUCAAAAUUAGUCAAUUUUGCUAUGAAACGUUUAUGUCGCGGUAGACUGAAAGUAUUUAUGCCCGUAAACACGAGAAGAAGUUUUGAACAACCAGAAUCUGAGGAUGGAGAAAAACGACACGUUCCUAUUGUUGCUACAUUAGCCGUAUUGGCAUUAUAUAUUGCAAUGGGAGCAUUACUGUUUGCACAAUGGGAACGUUGGCCUGUGCUUGAUGGUGCUUAUUUUUGUUUCAUUACCUUUACUACCAUUGGAUUUGGGGACUUGGUUCCCGGUAAAGGAACACUAAACGAGAAUAAAGCCGGUAAAGCGGCAAUGUGUUCAAUAUUUUUACUAUUUGGCAUGAUUGUUAUGGCCAUGAGUUUUAAAUUAAUGCAAGAUGAAAUAAUAUCGAAAUUUCGUUCGAUCGGAAAACGAUUUGGUUUAAUUAAAUCGAAUAAUGAUCAUGGUUGA